AUGCGGCAGGUUUGCUGCUCAGCGCUGCCGCCGCCGCCACUGGAGAAGGCUCGGUGCAGCAGCUACAGCGACAGCAGCAGCCCCGGCGGCAGCAGCGAGAGGAGCAGCAGCGGCAGCAGCGGCAGCAGCGGCAGCAGGAGCAGCAGCGGCAGCAGCGGCGGCAGCAGCGGCGGCAGCAUCUCCCGUCCCGCUGCGCCCCCAGAGCCGCGGCCGCCGCAACAGCCGCAGCCCCGCAGCCCCGCAGCCCGGAGAGCCGCCGCCCGCUCUCGAGCCGCAGCCGCCGGCGGCAUGAGGCGCGACCCGGCCCCCGGCUUCUCCAUGCUGCUCUUCGGUGUGUCGCUCGCCUGCUACUCGCCUAGCCUCAAGUCGGUGCAGGACCAGGCGUACAAGGCACCGGUGGUGGUGGAGGGCAAGGUACAGGGGCUGGCCCCAGCCGGCGGCUCCAGCUCCAACAGCACCCGCGAGCCGCCCGCCUCGGGUCGGGUGGCGCUGGUGAAGGUGCUGGACAAGUGGCCGCUCCGGAGCGGGGGGCUGCAGCGCGAGCAGGUGAUCAGCGUGGGCUCCUGUGCGCCGCUCGAAAGGAACCAGCGCUACAUCUUUUUCCUGGAGCCCACGGAGCAGCCCUUGGUCUUUAAGACGGCCUUUGCCCCCAUCGACACCAACGGCAAAAACCUCAAGAAAGAGGUGGGCAAGAUCCUGUGCACUGACUGCGCCACCCGGCCCAAGCUGAAGAAGAUGAAGAGCCAGACCGGACAGGUGGGUGAGAAGCAGUCACUGAAGUGCGAGGCAGCGGCGGGCAACCCUCAGCCCUCCUACCGCUGGUUCAAGGACGGCAAGGAGCUCAACCGCAGCCGGGACAUUCGCAUCAAGUACGGCAACGGCAGAAAGAACUCACGACUCCAGUUCAACAAGGUGAAGGUGGAGGAUGCUGGGGAGUAUGUCUGCGAGGCUGAGAACAUCCUGGGGAAGGACACGGUCCGGGGCCGGCUCCACGUCAACAGCGUGAGUACCACUCUGUCAUCCUGGUCGGGGCACGCCCGGAAGUGCAACGAGACGGCCAAGUCCUAUUGUGUCAAUGGAGGGGUCUGCUACUACAUCGAGGGCAUCAACCAGCUCUCCUGCAAAUGUCCAAACGGAUUCUUCGGACAGAGAUGUUUGGAGAAACUGCCUUUGCGAUUGUACAUGCCAGAUCCUAAGCAAAAGCACCUUGGAUUUGAACUAAAGGAAGCCGAGGAGCUGUACCAGAAGAGGGUCCUGACUAUCACCGGCAUCUGCGUGGCUCUGCUCGUGGUGGGCAUCGUCUGCGUGGUCGCCUACUGCAAGACCAAAAAACAGCGGAAGCAGAUGCACAACCACCUCCGGCAGAACAUGUGCCCAGCCCACCAGAACCGGAGCCUGGCCAAUGGGCCCAGCCACCCCCGGCUGGACCCCGAGGAGAUCCAGAUGGCAGAUUACAUCUCCAAGAACGUGCCAGCCACGGACCAUGUCAUCCGGAGGGAAACCGAGACCACCUUCUCUGGGAGCCACUCCUGCUCUCCUUCUCACCACUGCUCCACAGUCACACCCACCUCCAGCCACAGGCAUGAGAGCCACACAUGGAGCAUGGAACGUUCUGAAAGCCUGACCUCCGACUCGCAGUCGGGCAUCAUGCUGUCAUCAGUGGGUACCAGCAAGUGCAAUAGCCCGGCGUGCGUGGAGGCCCGGGCGCGGCGGGCAGCAGCCUACAGCCUGGAGGAGCGGCGCAGGGCUGCCAUGCCAUCUUACCACGACUCCGUAGACUCCCUGCGUGACUCCCCACACAGCGAGAGGUACGUGUCGGCACUGACCACGCCCGCGCGCCUCUCUCCCGUGGACUUCCACUACUCGCUGGCCACGCAGGUGCCGACUUUUGAGAUCACGUCCCCCAACUCGGCUCACGCAGUGUCGCUGCCGCCGGCCGCGCCCAUCAACUACCGCCUGGCGGAGCAGCAGCCACUACUGCGGCAGCCUGCGCCCCCCGGCCCGGGGCCCGGGCCCGGCGCGGACAUGCAGCGCAGCUACGACAGCUACUACUACCCCGCGGCGGGCCCGGGGCCGCGGCGCGGGGCCUGCGCGCUGGGCGGCAGCCUGGGCAGUCUGCCCGCCAGCCCCUUCCGCAUCCCGGAGGACGACGAGUACGAGACCACGCAGGAGUGCGCGCCCCCGCCCCCGCCGCGGCCGCGCGCCCGCGGCGCGUCCCGCAGGACGUCGGCGGGGCCCCGGCGCUGGCGCCGCUCGCGCCUCAACGGGCUGGCGGCGCAGCGCGCACGCGCGGCGCGGGACUCGCUGUCGCUGAGCAGCGGCUCGGGUGGCGGCUCGGCCUCUGCCUCGGACGACGACGCGGACGGGGCGCUGGCGGCCGAGAGCACGCCUUUCCUCGGCCUGCGCGCCGCGCACGAUGCGCUGCGCUCGGACUCGCCGCCGCUGUGCCCGGCGGCCGACAGCAGGACUUACUACUCCCUGGACAGCCACAGCACGCGGGCCAGCAGCAGACACAGCCGCGGGCCGCCCCCGCGGGGCAAGCAGGACUCGGCGCCCCUCUAGGGGCCCCCGCCGCCCGCC